GUAGCGCGUUUCAUUUACAGCAUUAUGCGAGUGUUUUCGGAAGUAAUACACAGCGUGACUGUACUGCGUUUUCCUGUAGGCUCGUGUUUAUAUAGUAUAUGUUGUCAUAUGUUCUGUAAAGUCUGUAAAGUAACCGAGAGGAAGAUUGUUACACCGAUCACAGUUCAGAUACUUCCGUGGACUUUUUCAUUACUCUGAAUCGGCCGUUCAGCAUGUCUCUGCGGCUCCUUUCCCUUCUUCUAUCUAGGGCUGGUGCUCCUCUAUCUAUGACUUCUUCGAACAACUGCAGGUUCAUAAACGGAGGAACCAAACCAUGGAUGGGACAGAGGCGUCGACCGGAGGAGAGAAAUGAGGAAUUUGAAGGAGACCUGGAAGACGAGGGAGAUGUAGAAGACAAACUCCAGGCUUUGCUUGAUAAGGAGGGAAAGAAGCAGAGGACUGUGAAAUAUCACAUAAUGAGGAGACAGAUGACUCCAAAAUGUGCUCCACAAAGAAAGCUGACCUGGGAGGCCAUAGAGCAGAUCAGAUAUCUCAAGGAAGAGCAGCCGCAGGAGUGGACUGUAGAGCGCCUGGCAGAAGGAUUCUCUGUCAGCUCUGACGUCAUCCUCAGGGUCCUCAGAAGCAAAUUUGUUCCUACUCUACAAAGAAAAGCAAAACAGGAUGCGAAAAUAAUGGUCAGACUGAGGGAGCAGGGGCUGCUGCCCGGUGUCAAGCAGGACACACUGAAGCUAACAGAAAACAAAACAGCAGCAGUACUGCCACCUGGAGGUAGAGAGAGAGCUUUAAUACCUGCUGCCAACCAGAAUUUGACAAUCCAAGAAGAAGCCUCAAGGUCAGUGGUCAGGAAUGCUCCAGUUUCUGUUUUGUCCACACAACUUUCCGUUGGCGUUAAUGAGGAUGCGACAGAGAUGAUAACGACAGAAGACUCUCCUGCCACUACACCGUUCACUCCGGAGGAGGAGCUUGAGGAUGAGGAGGAGUGGGAUGGACUUGUGUUUACGGAGGAACAGAUUGUAGAGUUUAUGGAACUAGAAAAGAAAAAACCUGCUCCUGCAGUGCAAGUUGGAAGUGAGUUUUUUGAUGCUGAAGGAAACUUUCUGUAUCGGAUCUAAGUGAAUGUUUUAGUCCUGUCUCCUCACCGAGUGGUUCUCCAGAUGAGGACUGUGGACCUCUUGUUGGUCCAAGUCACAUUGAACAUUUCCUAGAUUCAGUCUGCAAAAUCUUCCUACAUUUUUUAAAAGACCUUAUAAAUAAAUUAUUGGUUCGCAGAUUAA